AUGGCGCCUGGUCGAGUCCGUAUUGGGCUCUGUGGCUUCGGCACAAUUGCUGCGCUCCUGGCCGCGGUCGUGACCGCGAGCAAGCGCUCCCAAGGAGAGCAGUGUGAAAGCGACGUGCAGGACCUGAUUCAGACAAAGGCUGUUGGGCCGGGUCUCGACCACCCGAUGUCUGAGAGUGAUCUGGCUGGUACCACCAAUCCAGCAGCGGAGCUGGAGACCGUGUCCGUCCAGUACUCUCUGGUCGAUGACGAUGGCAAGGAGCUGUUCCACUCGCACCCGAGCCUGUUGCAAACGCUGAGCCAGCAGCACGUGGGCGAUGCGCGCACGUCAACCUUGAGGCUUCGCUUCAAAGCUUUCGGGCACGGCGUGGAUGUGACGAUGAAGAAGGGCCCCUCGCCAAUGGCUCGAGAUGUCAAGAUCAGCGCCGCCGACGACCACGGUUAUCAUACGUAUCCAUUGGUGAGGGAGCGCUCCAUUUUCGAAGGGCCAGGUGCGGCCUUGACCAGUGUCGGGUCUUCCUUGAAGGGCCUCAUUCGACGUGGCGAUACCUUCUUUGACCUGGAACUACCCCGAAAUGGCUCGCUGCUGACCGUCAAAACCGGGAGAUUGGAGAAAGACUACCUCAAGCAGGCGACCUCUCUCCUUUCCACGAAUGCGACGCAGCCUCUGCCAAAGAGGUGGAAGGAGUGCUACACGGGUGAUGACCAGACGAAAGCUCUGGGGCAUGGUAUCGUGAUCGGCUCGAAGCUCUAUUCGCGCUUUGCCAACGAGGAUGAGGCGGUCGACUAUAUCAUCUUGUUGUUCACCGAAGCCAACUUGAUCUACAAGCCGCAGAUGAACUUUGUGCUGGUGUGCAAGGACCUCCACCUGCAAAAGACUCAUCAUGGGGCUGAGCCCUGGGAUGCAGGACCCCAGUGCAGCUUGACCAUCAGCCAGCAGCUGGAUAAGUUCAAGCUUUGGGACCCUCCAAGAGCACAUGGCCUCUGGACGCUACUCGAUGACUGCUUCGACAUCGCCCAAGGAGGCACCAUCGGCCUGGCCUAUGUCGGCACAAUAUGCAUGAUGCACAAGAGUUGGGGAUCCUGGCCGAAUGUCGGGGUCGUCUGGUACUCCGAGCGCACCUGGAAGACCUUCGCUCAUGAAGUUGGGCACAACUUCGGAGGCCAUCAUUCUUUUGAGUAUGGCCAGGGAAAGACUGGUGGAAUCAUGGACUACGGCGAUGGCACGUUGAACGGUGUCUUCCAGUUCAACACGCAGUUUCGAAAGAAGGAAAUUUGUGAGACGAUCGACCGUGUCGUCGGCAAGUGCAAAGCAAUCUGGGACUACAGCUCCAAGUGCGGCAACCGAAUUCUCACCGACAACGAGGACUGUGAAUGUGACGCGGGAGUCACCUCUUGCAAGUUUUGCAACAACUGCCUGCUGGAUGCCAAUGCCGAGUGCACGCCGGAAGGGAUGGGAGUAAAGUCCGUUGGACUCGGGGUGGCCAGCGGGGCCUGCUGCACCGGUGAGGGCAAGUUCAAACCCCACGGAACUGCUUGCCAGGUUCCCGGGGUCGAAGAUGGCUUCUGCACGGCUGGCUUGUGCAUCCCAGCGCGCUGUCAGUCAUAUUCCUUCGUCGGGGAUUUUUGUGGUAUCAACGAGGCGAACCAAUGCAAGUUCAAGUGCAAGGACUCGCAGACCGGUGCCUGUGCCACGAUGGAUGGCUGGCUCGUUAGCGGAAAGCCCGCUAACCACGUGCUCGACCAGAUCCCUUGCACGUUCUCAGAAGAAGGGGACGGCAUCUGCAUGUCUGGAGACUGCAUGCCAAAGUGGUCGGGCUGCGGCAACGGAUUGAAGGAGGCCGAUGAGGAGUGCGAAUGCGCCAAACCGGGGGAGACGUCCUGCAAAUAUUGCAAAGACUGCAAGCUUGAGAAGGGCAAGCAGUGCACACCAGACGGCAAAGACGCGCAGUGCUGCGGAGCAUUGGGCAUGUUCAAGCCUGCUGGAACAAUGGUCAUGCAAAGCAACGGCUAUCACGGAUUCUGCUUUGCAGGCACCACUCACGGCACCAAAUGCGAGCAACUGGCUUCGGCAUACAAGCCAACCUGGGGCGACUUCUGUGGGCUGCAGGAUAAUCCUUGCUUGUUCAAGUGCGUGUACUCGGGUACCUGCUCGACUCUCCCUGGAUGGACCCUGAACAACGCCCCUUUGAACCAGCUGCCGGAUGGGACCCCGUGUGAGCUGGAAUCCCGCGUCGGAUCCUGCAACGCUGGAACAUGCAUCCUCCCCCCGCCGACGACAACUUCGACGAGUGAACCUUCCGGCCCAGGCGAAGUUGACGUGGACCUACCAACCGACAACGAGGGCACAACAGAGGAGCCGACAGAGGAGCCGACCGAGGAGCCGACCGAGGGGCCAACCGAGGCGCCAACGGCAGAGCCGACGGAGGCGCCGACGGAGGCGCCGACCGAGGCGCCCACCGAGGCGCCAACGGAGCCACCCUCUGCGGGGCCGCCCUGCAACCAGGUCAAGGCCGUUGGCUCCUUUACGUGCCAGCUCCUGCAUGACAGAUCCAAAAUGAGCUAUGCUGCCAUUGAUGCGACGUAUGGCAGCAAAUGUUCUGGUUGCCAGGACGCCACCAUGGGCAGCAAAGUGCAACCGGCAUUUCAGUUGCAGUAG